AUGAGUGGAGCAGCAGAAAGCCACGUUGUGGCAACAGUGAACCGGACCAAAGAUGGGGUCCCAAUGUGGAGUGGAGAGGCAAGCCUCUUUGUUCAGUACGAAGAAGCAGCGCUCCUAUGGGAGCAGUCACUGACGUGGGAGAAGCGUUACACUGCAGGACCAAAGUUGGUCCAGGAGCUCUCCGGAGCGGCCCGCCGCUUAGUGGCGGGGCAGCCCCCCGGAUGGGUGGCCUACCGUGGAGGAGUCCGGGUCUUGAUGGACCACCUCCGCCAAGGACUGGGCAAGCCGAGAGUGAACGAGGUCACCGAUCUCCUUGCGGCCUACUUCAAAGGUACCAAGCGCCGCGCCCAGGAGUCCAUGAACGACUACAUCACAAGAAAGACCGAAGCCUACAUGAGAGCCUGUCAAGCCUUGAAAAGGGUACAACCUUACUAUGAGCCUUCCGCGAAGACCGACAGGACCUCAGGGCGACGGAACAGUGGUGAUGGUGGUUUGUGGACUUGGGGGCGACAGUGGACACCUGCGAGCGAAGGAGAUGGAGGAGCCCGUGGUGACGGAGCAACCUACGACGACGAUGACGGCGACGCCCAGACCAACACGGACGUCACCGCGACCACUACUGCCGGCUCAGGUGGCCAGCGCUCCAACCACGACUGGUGGGCGCCGGCUUGGGGACCAUGGAACAGCUGGUCCUGGAACUCCGGUUGGUCGGGUUCCCAAAGUGGGUGGCGAUACCAAGGCUAUGGAAGUUCCUCGACAGCAUCCUUCGAGGAGGAUCACCGAGAGCAGGAGCUCCUGCCCGUGUUCAUCCAAGGAUGGUAUCUCCUCACGGAUGCAUCGCUGGACUCUCACGAGCGCAACCUGAUCAUCACCGCCUUGAAUGGGAACUUCAACCCCGCUCGAGUCGCUCAAGAACUAAGAAACCAGUUCCCUGAGACUGAGGUGAAAAGGAGAGACCACAGCCGGCGAUACCAGAGCUACCUCGGGGAAGUCCUCGAGGGCGACGAGGAAGAAGGCGAGGAUCAGGACGGCGACACCGUGGAGGACUACGAGAACGUCUUCAAUGAAGAGGGCUUCGCCAUGAUGACCACCGCCGAGGACGAGGCCCAAACCGCCAUGGCGGCAAUCCAGACAGCACGGAGGACCCUGAGGGAUGCGAGGCAACGCCAACACAUGGUGAAACAGAACCGGAAGUACUACCAAGGUUCUGGGCCCCGCACCUCCAAUGCUGGGCACGCCAAGCCGAAGGAUGAUAGCAACCUGGACUGCUUACGCUGCGGAAAGAAAGGACACAGAGCAGCCAACUGUCCUCACAAGCCCAUCGGAGAUGGACCCUCGGCUCAGGCGAACUUGGCCCAGGCCAGCAGCUCGGGAGAACCUCAGCAAGCCCCCUUCGUGUGCUACAUGGACCAGGCCGAGGCCCAGAACACCGAGGAGACCACGACCCUGCCGAUGAACAACUUUGUGGGCUACGUCACCGAAGAAGCUUUCCAGACCGGAGCCCCGGAAGCUCCAGAAGGACCGCCCACAACCAGUGAAGCAGUGGCUCGUGGAAUGGCUGUGAUUGAUGGCGGCGCGACACAGACCAUCGGCAGUGUCCGCGCGCUCGAGGCCGUGCUCAACCAGAACCGCAAGAAGUAUGGGAGCAGUGGAUUGAAGGGCCUCAGCAGCGACGAGCCCCCUACCUUUGCCUUUGGGAAUUCCACUGAGAAUCGAUGCCUCAGCACGGCCCAGAUCCAUGUACAAGCGAAUGGAAGCCCAGGACACCAACUCUUGUCCCUGACAGAAGACUGGAUGAGCCAAUCCACCGAAGCUAAGCAAGCCAUCCCCAGAAAUGGGAAGGACACGAGUGUUUUAUCAGGGAAUGGGGAAGAUUUCAAGAAUUGUAGUGAUCCCUGCAUUUGCGAGAUGGACAAGCUUUCGCGCCCAGCUCUCGUGCUGAGCCUGAAGGGCUAUGGAGAGACACCUCCGUCCAACUGGACGAAGGUAGAGUUGUGUGCCCGCCUACAGGAGCUGGCCGACAAGGGCGAGAUCAUCCCUCCAAAGAAGGGAAAGACCAAGACGCCACUGGAGGAAGCGGUGGCUGCGCUCAACCGAGCAGCUGCCAAGAAGUCAACGCUGCAAGCCCACGUCACCAACAUGGGGAUCAAGGUCACGGGGAACGAGACCAUGGCCAUCCUCCAGCAGCGGGCCAUGCAGCAUUUGAUCGCGACCACCGACGGCACCGAGGAGGACAAGAUCGGUUUCGGGAAGUAUGCGAGCCAGACCUACGGCCAUGUCCGACAGUACGACGAACAGUACUGUCGUUGGGCGAUCACUACCGCGCAGGAAGGGGAAUGCUCGAUGUACCUCUCCCGGUUCGCGACAUGGCUCCAGGCCAACCCGAAGCCGGCGACACCAGCCUACAAGCCCAAGGUGGACAUGAACAAGUUCGUGGAGAAGAAGGAGAAGCCCUCAGGGAGCGGCGACCGGAAGGCCACCUCGGAAGCUUCCAGUCCCGAACUCAAGGAGCAUGCCAAUGCGAGUGCCGGCACUUCCGAGAAGAUGAUGAUGGAGCUCAUGAAGGCGGUGGCCUCCUUGACCGAGGAGGUGCAGACGCUGAAGAACGAGCGGGGCGAGAAGACCCGCAAGGUGGCGACCAAAAGCGAUGCGACCAUGGAGGAGCCAGAGGAAUUGACAGGACGGGCCAAAGUGACAGUGCCUGUAGAAGCGCGCAGUGGAGUGGACAAGACUUGUCCACGCCUGAACGUCUCGCCAUGUGAGCGGAAUGAGGCAUGGAGGCUUCCGAUCAUGCAGAAUGCUGUGGAACUUCAAGGACCCCCCGAGAGCCAGCAGCCUGAAGCCGCCUUCCUUAGCAACACUGAAGCCCAGAACCUCGAACAGGAAGCCAAGCAGCAUAGUCGCCAAGGCCAGAAGCCCACUACCAAGGACCUGGAGAACCUCCUUAGGAAGUAUCCCCUGAAGAACUUAGGACAGUCCCGAAGAAACCUGGAACACGCCAGUGACUACCACACGUUUGGAACGUAUGCUUUUGGAAACCACUAUGGAGUCACCCGUAGGACCACUAAGCUUCCGGAGCUGUGUCGAUGUGUGAAUCGUAUCAUGAAGCAAUACCUUCCCGCCUCUAUGAAGUGGACCUCCUUUGUCAUCAACUGUGGCACAACCAUGCCCGUCCACCGCGACGUCAACAACUCCGAUCAGUACCCCAACGGAAGUGUGGGAUUCGGGGAGUUCAGAGGGGGAGGCCUUUGGUUGGAAGGUAAAGGGUCCUUGUGUGGUCGGAUUGGGAAGGAUUCGGUUCGUUCUAAUCCGCAAGGGGAGGCCAUUCAGGGUCAGGAGUACGACAUUCAAGAAAGAGCGGUGAUCUUCUCUCCUAAGCAGUGGCAUGGUUCUUGUGCGUGGGAAGGUGAACGUUGGGUGGUGACGGUGUAUGUGUGCCGAGGAUGGAGUCAGAUUAGCGAAGAGAGCCGGGAUGAACUUAGGAGUUUGGGGUUUCCAGUGCCUUCGGACUCUCACUGUGAAGCGUACCCAGCUGAAGCCCAUGUGCAUGAGAGGGAGCGCAAGAGAGAGGAUGAGAGAAUCCGGAAGAAACUGUACUUGUUGCAUUGUGCCACUGGUCACAGUAAUCCCAAACACAUGGUCCAAGCCUUACAACGCCGGGGUGCUGACGAUCGAGUCUUGCAGCUCGCAAAGGAAUUCAAGUGUGAUGUGUGCAAAGAGAAACAGCGACCUCCUCCUCGCAAUCUGGCUUCCUUGGAACCUCUUCCUCCGAAGUUGUACACCAUAGGCGCUGACAUAGGGCAUUGGGCACAUCCCCACACCGGAGAAAGCCAUCAGUUCAUGAUCAUUGUUGAUGAGGGUUCCAGAUUCAAAGCCGGCCGCAUUCUAAGUACAGGCUCAAAGUCGUCCCCUAAUGCUCAGGCUUGUUUGUCAUACCUGCAAGAGGGAUGGGUCCAGUACUUUGGCCACCCGCGGGCCCUUCGCCUGGAUCCAGCGGGAGCCUUCAGGAGCACAGCGGUGGAGGAAUGGUGUGACCGCCACUCCAUCUACUUGGACAUCGUUCCCGGAGAGGCUCACUGGAAGAUAGGGUCGGUAGAGAAUGCUGUCCGAGGUGUGAAAGAGCUUAUGUCAAAGCUUGCACAUUACGACUCGGACAUCACAGCUUCCGAGGCCUUAGCAGAGGCCAUCUGGGCCUUCAACCACCGAGAGAUCAUCAGAGGUUUUUCCCCAGCGCAGCACAUCCUAGGGCAAGCCCCCGACGAGACAGGGAGGUUCCUAUCAGCGAGCACAGAAGUUCACCCCAACCUCCUUGUUGAGAACCCUACUGAAGAGUUUGAGCGAGGAGUGCAGAGACGAGCCGAAGCCGAAAAAGCGCUGUCUGAGUGGACAGCAAAACAACGGUUGAUGAGAGCCCAGCACUCCAAGCAUCGACCCUGCUACGAUUAUGAGCCAGGGGAGUUAGUCUACUACUGGCGGUCUCAGGAAUCCAACAAGAGCCGGAGGCAGCCAGGAGGGAAGCAUGGACGGUUCCUCGGACCAGCACGGGUCCUGGCAACAGAGACCCGCAAGUCCAGUGAUGGUCUAGUGCGGCCCGGUGGCUCUAUCUGGCUGGUCAAAGGCCGCAGUCUGCUGAAGUGUGCACCAGAACAGUUGCGACGAGCCACGGAACGUGAACAGCUUGUGGAAGCCCUGGCAGCUCCCACAGAGGGGACUACCCCAUGGACUUUCAAGGCCGUGGCGACUGAGAUUGGGGGCAACAAAUAUGAGGACCUGUCCCAGGACUUACCACCAGUGGAGGAGUGGAACCGUGCCCAGCAAUUGGAUUCAGAGGCACAGCCUACGCGACACCGCAUCCGUGGAAAGCGUCACAGCGCACCCCCAACAGCCGAAGGAGACAUGGAACUGGAUGAGGAAGCAGCGCUGGACCUUGAGGAGCCCGACGCGCAACUCCCUCAGAGAGAACGGUCCCGCUCACGAGGCAGGGGCCGUGAUUCCCAGGGCAACCAUGUGGACCAGCCCGCAGCAUGGUGGACAGGAGUUCCAGAAACCAAGUGGCCAGAUCAGCAAUCAGGCUACUGGAGUGACAAAGCGGCAGCCGUUGAGGUGGAGUUCUCCUUUCCCGAGAGCAAGCGAGGCAAAGACCACGCCUUCCAGGAUCUAGGCGCCUACUUCGUAGGGAACAUGAGGAGACGCGCCGUUGAACUCACGGAGCGCCGCAUGUCUGAAGACGAGAAGGCGGCCUUCCGAGGCGCGAAAGCCAUUGAGGUGAAAAACUUUGUAGCCUCCAAGGCAUUUGAAGUCCUCCCCGAUCAUCUCAAACCGAGCAAAGACGAAGCCAUCGGUAUGAGGUGGAUACUCACCUGGAAGUUGCGUGAAGACGGGUCCCGAAAGGCCAAGGCACGCGCAGUGCUUUUAGGCUACCAAGAUGGAGGAUACGAACACCGCUCGACCACCUCCCCGGUGAUGACUCGUACCACGAGACAAGCACUCCUCCAACUAUCAGCCUGGAAGCGGUGGAGUGUGAAGAAAGGAGAUGUGACGGGAGCCUUCCUCCAAAGCCGUCAAUACCCUGACGACCUCUUUUGCAUUCCCUGCCCUGAAAUAUGUGAAGCCUUAGGUAUCGUCCCAGGCAGUGUGACCAGAGUAAAAAGGGCCUGCUAUGGCUUAGUGGAUGCUCCACUUGAGUGGUAUCGGUCCGAGGAUGAGUUCUUGCGUUCACUGGGAUUCACCCGAACUUGGGCUGACGCUUGUUGCUGGGUGCUUCGGGAGGGCGGGGAACUUCGUGGGGCCAUCAGUGGACAUGUUGAUGAUUUCCUUUUCUGUGGUAGGGAUGGAGAUGCCUUGUGGGACGCCAAGCUCCAGGCCAUAAGAGAGAAGUUUAAAUGGGGGGACUGGGAAUCAGGGCGCUUCACCCAGUGUGGCGUUAUCAUUGAACAGAAACCCGAGGGCUUCGAACUUUCUCAACCCACCUACCUAGACACUGUCCAGGAGAUUGGAGUAAACGCUUCCCGCCGCAAGGAUCGCUCCCAACCAACCACGGACCGUGAAAAGACCCAACUUCGUGCUCUGCUAGGAGGAAUCAGCUGGCAUGCUCAACAAGUUGCUCCAUACCUGGCUGCAGAAGUAGGAUUGUUAUUGACCGAGGUAAGCCGAUCGACAGUCGACACCAUCAUCAAGGCGAACGUGCUCCUGGCCACGGCUAAGAGUAAAAAGGACCACGUCAUGAAGAUCCACAGCUUCAAGGAGAAUGACAACCUCACCAUGGUGGCUUGGGUUGACGCAGCACAGGGCAACCGCUCCGACGGAGGCUCCACCCAGGGCAUCUUCAUUGGGGUAACCACCACCGAGUUGUUGGAGGGCAAGAUUGCUGGAGUGAGUCCAUUGGCAUGGACCUCUCAAAAGAUAGACCGAGCAUGCCGAUCACCAGGGGCCAGUGAGUCUCAAGCAGCGGUGAAUGGGGAGGACGCACUGUAUGCAGCGCGGUUCCAGUGGAGCGAACUACUCUACGGGAAGCCAGACCUACAUCACCCAGAUGAUCUGGUGAAGCGGACAGGCGGCUGCGUGGUCACUGACAGCCGCAACGUCUACGACAAGCUUGAGACCGAGGUGCUGGUGAUAAAGGGGGCGGAGAAGCGGACAAGCAUCGAGCUCUUAGCCGUGAAAGAAUCUCAGCAGAACACCAAAGUUGAGAUGAGAUGGGUUCACAGCGAAGCCCAGCGUGCCAACAGCCUCACCAAGGCCGGAACAGUUGGAGCGCGAGAAUACGAGCUCUACCACCGGAUGGGGCACCAAUGGCGGUUGGUUGAGGACGAGGCCAUGAUGUCAGCAAAGCGACGAAAGGUGAUCGCGCCACCUGCAGCUACUCAGAGGAUCAAAAGGGGCACCUGCGAGGUGAUCACUCUCUCGGACCAUUUGCACAUGACGCACUUUCGCGCAGCCAAUGUCCUUGCCACAGCCACCCGGAGAGCGCUGUCUCCCAACCAUCCGCUGCGCCGGCUCUUGUCCGUCUUCACCUUCGGAUCUAUCUUCAUCAACUUACAAGCUAUGCACACUCUCAUCGGAGAAAGACAUGUCUUGCAUCGGUCGACUCCAUUUGUGGAGUUCGAAGGGCUCAGUGAGGUGGUUCCAAAGAGCUUGCAGCCGCUGCCCGAAAAGCACAAGGCUCUCCUAAAGGACGAAGAGUUCAAUCAGCUUCCCGAGAAGCUGAAGCAGGCACCUUACUACUCGGAUGGAAAGUUGCUGUUCAAUGCUGAGAGGAAUCUCUUGCGGGAGUUCAGAAAGCUGUAUGCGUACGGGGCCGUGGGCUUCUGCAACUCCAAGGACGAGGUGACCGGCCCAGAGGUGAAGCAGUUUCUUGCCGAGCUGGUGGCAGAACAUCACUCAGCGCACUACAAUACCUCCGACUACUCAAAC